GCCUGCAACAGAAAAGGAUUUUUAGCUGGAAUUCACUGACAGAGCAGAGAGAGAUGAUCCGGUUACUGCCCCUGGGAAGUCUGAUUGGUCUCUGUAUGCAUUGAUGUUACAGGCAAAAGAGAAUGGGGUUUUGUGUGCUCUGGAAAUAGCAACAAGUGCUGAGCUGAUGGGAGCUGCUCCUGCUGUGCUGUCCCCUGCAGCCCACUCCUGAUGAAGCACAUUUUUGUGCCUUAGCUGCUUUGACUAAGAGGUUAUUUAUUGCUUUUGGAUAUUUUUUGGGGUACACUGUCAUGACAUAAUACCCAGGAACUUUUUGUCAGAGGCUCAUGAAAGAGGCUUGCUAUAGAUCUGAUUACAGAGGUUGUACACAUGGUGAGUGCGGCUCCCUGGGAGUACUGUACAGCUGCCUGUGUCGCUCCUGUUACUCUGGGACAGCGAAUUCCCAUCCGAAUUGUUUCCUGCGGGAGGCACUGACAGGCUGGAGGCGCUGAUUGUUGUGUGUCUGUGCUGCCACAUACUAUGGACUUUGUGAAUGAAGCCUGCACCGUACAGGGAGAUACACUGAAGUUACUCAUUAACCUCAGUGUAGCCAGACAGCUGUUGUAGAAUCAGCUGUCAUGUCUCCAGCUAGAUUGCACCCUGCUGAUCCAGUUUCCUAGCUGUACAUGGCAAGGAGCACCUGCGUUGUGCACGGAUGAAGGGCUUGGUGGCAAUAUUGUGCACAGCAUAUGUGUACUUCUCCAGGAUGCCACCAAUGGACCAGACAUUCAGGUACUCAGAAUUUAUCAUCAAUAGGGGACUUCUGCUGCUUCUUUUCCACCUGCAAGUAAUUGUAUCCUGCCCCAAGAGUUGCCAGUGUUCCGACAACAGUGGCUCCAUGGUGGUCCACUGCAGCUCCAGAGACCUGGAAGAGAUACCCCUGGACCUCCCCAUGGAGACUGUUUCCUUGAAGCUUGAUGCCAACAAGAUCCACCAGGUUCCCAAUAAUGCUUUUAAGGAUCUGACCUCUCUACAAGAGCUGGACCUGUCUAGGAACUCAAUUGAAAAAAUUGAACUUUCGGCAUUCAAGGGAGUUGCAGACGGGCUGAGGCUUCUGGACCUGUCAGGAAACCAGAUUCAUAGUAUCCCCAAAGAAGCCUUGGUCAAUCUAAAAGGCAAAAUCCGCCUGUCUAAUAACCCUUUACACUGUGACUGCACUCUUCAGGAGACCCUGAGGGAACUGAACUUGGACCCAGACACGGUCAAUGACAUCUCCUGCCAAACGUCUGUCCAGGAGGAAUAUGUUGGUAAACCUUUGAUCCAGGUUCUCGACUCGGGCAUUAAUUUUUGCAACAUUCAUCACAGAACCACAGACAUAGCCAUGUUCAUUACCAUGUUUGGCUGGUUUACAAUGGUGAUAACCUAUGUGGUCUACUAUGUGAAACACAACCAAGAAGAUGCCAGGAGACACCUGGAGUACUUAAAGUCCUUGCCCAGUACGCAGAUAACCAAAGACUUUGAUACGAUCAGUACUGUGUUAUAGGUGUGUGGAUCCAUACCGUGCAUAGACUCUACUGCUGUUUAUUGUCGAGGUAAACCGUCCAUAAGUGCACUGCAAAAAAUAAUAAAUAAAAAUGCUGCAACUUGCGGACAUGUGUAGCACAAAUCAGCAGAUUGCCCGGUGUCUGAUACAUAAACUUUCUGCACUGUGUGAUUGGUUGUUGUGCACAUUAAAGGAAAAAUAAUAUGUUUA